AUGAUGGUUGAAGAUGAAGAUGAUGAAGAAGUUAUUUUAGAUAAGCGAACUUUACUGCAACCUAAUCCAACCUCAUCAUUACCACUUAGCGGUGUAAAUCGAUUUAAUAUCAAAGUCUAUGAUGAAGUAAAAUUAUUGAAAGUACAAACUGCAUUAUUAGGUGCAACAUGCAUCUCAAUCGGAAUGUUCGUUGGUAUUCUUGGGCCAACAUUUAUAUUUUCGGCUAAUAAAAUUCAAACGGAUGUUGCUGCUGUCAUAUGGCUGAUAGCACUGAAAGGUAUUGGAUUUUUUAUCGGAACAUUACUCAGUGUUUAUCUUUAUAGCUGGUUUAAUACAUGUUGUCUUCUUGGAUUGUCAUGUUUAUCAAUUAGUUUUGGUGUUUGUUCGUUGCCCCUGAUUACAGAUUUAGCUACAUUCUAUUUAACUGCACUCAUACUAGGGGUUGGACUUGCAAUUUCGAUUAAUGGGAUCGAUGCAUUGUACAAUCGUUUAUGGACAAGACGAUCAUUAGCACCUGUUCCAUGGUUACACCUAUUACUGGCUCUUGGAGCUGUUUUAUCUACACUUUUAUUAAUACCAACAUCAAUAAGCAACGAUAAAUUGAAUAUUAUUAAUAAUAAUACGAGAAAAGAUCAGAUCGGCAAUAAUCGUCUACGACGACAGGACGAUAAAGAAUCGAUUUCUGACAAAUUAGCCUAUACGGUGUUUAAGAAUUCAUCAAAUGAGACAUAUUAUUUACUCUCAAAUACAUCAUUGUCUAUGAUCGAUAUAAAUUCUUCCAUGAGUACAACUACAACAACACCAUCACAUCCAGGGAAACCAUCACUCGUUGAUACUAAAGAUUUAUCUCAAGUCCACGUUAGCAAACCAGAAGACACACCUAAAGAGCUCGACUCUCCAUCUUUGGCUCAAUCUACAAAUCACGAUGAAUCAUCCUGUACGAAAAUUUAUUGUUGCUACGAUCGAAAUGAGACAAAAAACUCAUCAACAGCAUUUGUAUGUCGAAGUGAUGUACCAGAUAAAAGUGAUCAAUUGAUUUGUGAGCAAAUAAUACAAAAUUGUCAACAACAAAGGCUAUGUGUAACGUUAACAAAUUAUUUAUGCAAAAUCGAUGAAGUAUGCAAUGUAAAAGAGAAAGAACAACAAACAGUAGUAAAUAAUUGUAGUAUGACAAUCAUAGACAUGGAGUAUAUGAUGAAUUUGAAGUCGACAGACUUGCCAAUGAUAACAAAAUCUAAUGUGACUAUUAAAGAUACAACAGAAGCCCCUCGCCCUAUUGCAUUGUCAACAACCACACCAUCGACGACAACCAUAACGACUACAACAAUAACAACAACAACAACGACUACAAUACACUCUACAACCAAAAUUUCAACAAUUCAUGUUGAUAUAACUCUACCAAUAAUAACAUCGACGACUACCAUCACCACCACCACUAUAGUUCCUCAUCACAAACCAUCUUAUGCCAAAUCGGAUAAAGAUGAUUUAUCAGAAAAUUUGUUUUAUAGUAAAGUUGGCAAUUUUUUCCAUUCCAUUCAUUCGAUUCAAGUUUUAUAUUUGUUUUUAUCGUUGUGUUUUUUGCUACUUGGUAUAUUCUAUUCAGUUUUGGCCAUACGUGGAUCGGAUGUUAGCUCCAGCGCUCCACAACAACCAACAACCGCAUCCCAUUUUCUAACCUCCUUUCUUUCUCGUAAAUCAUUACAACAACGGCAAAAUUCUUCCCCACAAACAUCGUUAUUAUUUGCUGAUAAUUCAUCACUGAAAUUUAUUUCAAUCUUAAUUUUAUUCUAUUUAUUUUUAUCGUCAAUUGAACAUUCAUCUAUUUAUCUCACAUAUCUAUUUGGUAUUCAAUUAAAUCAAAGUCAAUUGUCAAGUUUAUUAAUGCAAUUUUUAUUUUUUUUUGGCCUAUUUUUAGGUAGACUAUUUGAUAUUUUCAUUGAAUACGGUUGUUAUUUAUUAAACACUCGUAUAAUUACACGAACAAAAAAACAAUCUGAUCGUUUUCAUUCUAUAUCAUUAAAAUUUUGUAUACUCAUUCGUUUAUUUUUACUGUUUACUAUAUCAAGUACUCUAACAUUUUCACACUUAUUUCAACAAACGACAACUGCCAGUGUUCUACCAUCGAGGCAAACAUUAUAUUCAACUUUUUUCUUAAUUGGUUUUAUUAUUGCAUCACUGCCAAGUCUAAUACUAUUAUGGUUAGAACGAGAUUUGACAUUAAACGAACGUUUAUUAAAAAUUAUUGUUUUGACAAUGACAACAAGUGAAAUAUUUUUUCCACCAUUUAUUUACUAUACAAUGAGAAAAUACAUAUUAUCAUUUAUAUUCUAUCUGUUCUUAUCGUCUUGUCUAUCGUUGGUCAUCUUUAUUUUUCUUUUGUAUUCAAGUAAAAAAUGGCAUCGAAAACAAUUAUAUCGUAUUUUGCCAACAUCAAUGGAAGUGGAAAUGAGAGAUGAUGAUAUAAAUGAUGAUGAGGAGGAAACUGCUAAUGGACUUGUUGGAACAGAAUCAGCAUUAGGUAAUGAACAACAACAAACAAGAUUAACACAAACAUUAGAACAAAAAACUUACAAAUUACAUUGA